AUGUUGAAACCUCAACUCAACAACCUCUCCCACCACCACCGCCUUGCUCCGGCGUUACUCACACAAGGGAAGAAGAAUCUUAUCCCCGGAAAUGGGGUUGUUGACAAUAUCGGAAGCCCUUCUUCCUUUCUCUCUCUUAACACCCUAGCAUUUCCUACCAAACCUACUCAUAAGUGUUUCUGUUAUACUAGUCACACCCGCAACUCAAUCAGCCAAAUUAAAGCCGGCUUCGGUGAUUCUAGUACAGCGAGUGUCACUCAAACCAUCAGUCUUAAAGCGGUGAUUACAGUCCAAAUGACGGUGGGUGGUGUCCUAUCCAACCUUACUGUUGCCCGAGCCUUUGACGACAUCGGAGAUUUGCUUGGAAAAUCGCUACUUUUGGAGCUUGUUGCUGCCGAGGUUGACCCUAAGACCGGUUUACCAAAGGCUACGAUAGUGGAUUAUGCUCAUCGAUCUGGUAAAAAAGCAGACGAGUUAGUAUAUUUAGCAGAAUUUGAAGUGCCUGAAGAUUUUGGGUCUAUUGGGGCUAUUGGGGCUAUAAUGAUUGAGAACGAACAUCGCAAAGAGAUGUUUGUGGAAUCUGUUGUAAUUAAAGGCCUCUCAAUUGACCCCAUCAUCGUCUCGUGUGUCAUAUGCCUACCUUCAGAGACGCCGAGCGGAUUAAAGCAGCUGCGAGAACAGGAACUAGCGAUUCUUCGAGGCGACGGCGCCGCUGAUAAACCUCGGGAAAAGACGGAUAGAAUAUACGAUUACGAUGUCUACAAUGAUCUUGGCGAUCCAGAUAAGGAUCCGGAAUUGUCACGACCGGUCCUCGGCAGUAAGGAUUAUCCUUACCCUCGGCGUUGCAAAACGGGUCGCCCUCGCUCCAAAUCAGAUCCAUUAUCAGAGUCAAGGAGUGGUGAUGUUUAUGUGCCAAGAGAUGAAGCCUUUUCAGAAGUAAAGGAUAUGUCUUUUAAUGCCAAGACUGUAUACUCGUUGCUUCAUGCAGUCAUACCUUACAUAGAGACAUCUGUUAUUGACAAAGACCUUGGGUUCCCAUACUUCACAGCCAUUGAAUCUCUGUUCAAUGAGGGAGUUAAUUUGCCAUCAUUAGACAACAAUGGGUUUCUUGGGAAUAUUCUACCUCGACUUUUUAAGGCUUUUGAAGAUGCCCAAAAUAACGUCUUGCUUUUUGAUACUCCAGAAAUGAUUGACAGAGAUAAGUUUGGUUGGAUGAGGGAUGAAGAAUUUUGUCGACAAACUCUUGCUGGUCUUAACCCUCUGAGUAUUAGCUUAGUCACGGAAUGGCCACUGAAAAGUAAACUUGAUCCAGAGGUGUAUGGUCCACCCGAAUCAGCAAUAACAAAAGAUAUGAUUUUGAAAGAGAUCAAAGGCUUCUGCACGCUGGAGGAGACUAUAGAAGACAAGAAGCUUUUCAUUCUAGAUUAUCAUGAUAUCUUCCUUCCAUAUGUGCACAAAGUUAGAGAUCAAAAAAAAUUCAGAACAACUUUAUACGGAUCACGAACACUGAUGUUCCUUAUGCCAUCUGGAACAUUAAGACCAUUGGCUAUUGAGCUUGUUAGGCCACCUGGCAAUGGGAAACCUCAAUGGAAGCGAGUAUUUACUCCAUGUUGGGAAGCAACAGGUGCUUGGCUAUGGAAGCUUGCUAAGAUCCAUGUUCUUGCUCAUGAUGGUGGCUACCAUCAACUCGUAAGUCACUGGUUGAGAACACAUUGUUGCACUGAGCCAUAUAUAAUAGCCACCAAUCGCCAGCUCAGCAAAAUGCACCCGAUACAUAAUCUACUACACCCUCAUUUCCGAUACACAAUGGAGAUCAAUGCUUUGGCUCGGGAAUCCCUCAUAAAUGCUGGUGGAAUUAUCGAAACUUGUUUUUCACCAGGAAAAUACAGUAUUGAGUUGAGUUCAAUCGCGUAUGGUCAACAAUGGCGGUUUGACCACGAAGCAUUACCCGCUGACCUAAUCGCAAGAGGCAUGGCGGUUGAAGACCCCGAUUCACCACACGGCCUAAAGCUAACAAUAGAAGACUACCCUUACGCAAAUGACGGUUUAGUCCUUUGGGAUAUAAUCAAAGAUUGGGUCACCAACUAUGUCAACCAUUAUUACCCAGAAGAGAAUCUUGUAGAAUCAGAUUCAGAGCUUCAAGCAUGGUGGACAGAGAUUAGAACACAAGGACACGCGGACAAGAAAGAUGAACCAUGGUGGCCGAUUUUGAAAACACCAAAGGAUUUAAUCGGGAUUUUGACAACGAUAAUCUGGGUAGCUUCGGGGCACCAUGCAGCGGUGAACUUCGGGCAGUAUGACUUUGCGGGGUACAUUCCAAACAGGCCGACCAUUGCCCGAGUGAAGAUUCCCUGCGAAGAUCCGACUGAUGAUGAAUGGGAGGUUUUUAAGCGUAGGCCAGAAGAUGAACUUUUGUCUGCAUUUCCUUCUCAGGUUCAAGCGUCGCAAGUUAUGGCUGUUCUUGAUGUUUUAUCAAAUCAUUCUGUAGACGAGGAGUAUAUUGGGGAGACGUGUGAACCAGCUUUUGAGGUAAACCCAGAGAUAAAAGCUGCGUAUGAGAUAUUUUCAGGGAGGUUGAAGGAGUUGGAAGGGAUUAUUGAUGGGAGGAAUGCGGAUGAGAGCAGGAAGAACAGAAAUGGAGUUGGGGUUGUACCGUACAACCUUCUAAAGCCUUUUUCGGAACCUGGUGUCACUAGUAUGGGGGUUCCAAAUAGUAUUUCCAUAUAG